GAAAGACUUAAAACUAUCAUGCAAACUAAGACACACAUAGUAUUAGUAAAUUAAUGUCAUGGCAACCACCCUUAGAGCUUCUCCUAUGAUUACCACCACUGCUUGGCUGUUCAUCGCCGCAUUCAUAUUGCAUAUUAGCCUACACCUUACAGAGGCACAAACUGGAGUAAGUUAUGGAAAAAUUGCAAACAAUUUACCAUCCCCACAAGAUGUGGUGAACCUUUACAAGUCCAACAACAUAAAAUCAAUGAGACUCUACUUCCCUGAUCAAGCCACCCUUCAAGCCUUACAAGGAACAGACAUCAAACUCAUGUUAGGCGUCGCGAACGAGAACAUUCGAUCGAUUGCAUCGUGUCGAUGUGCUGCCUAUCGAUGGGUUCGAACCAAUGUACUCCCAUAUAGAUCAUCGAUCCAAUACAUCGUAGUCGGAAACGAAGUUGAUCCUUCGAAUGAAAUAGCCUCAUCCGUGGAACGUGCCAUGCAAAAUAUUCUAUACGCACUAAAUGCGUUACGUAUAAACCAAAUGAAUAACGAUAUUAAGGUCUCAACAGCUAUCAACGCAAAUUUAAUAACAAAUUCCUACCCACCAUCUAAUGGUCAAUUUAAGGAUACAUCAUAUAUGUCUCCAAUAAUAAACUUCUUAGACAAUAAUAACUCACCUUUAUUAGUUAAUAUAUACCCUUACUUUGCUUAUGUAAAUGAUCCACAACAUAUUUCACUAGACUAUGCAUUAUUUCAGUCCACUGGAAAUGUAUUUACUGAUCCUAAUAAUGGGUUAGGCUACCGUAAUUUAUUUGAUGCAAUGGUGGACUCAGUCUAUGCGGCUCUACGAAGGGCCGGUGCGCGACAUCCACGUGUUAUAUCGUCCGAGAGUGGAUGGCCGUCGCACGGUGGAUUUGCUGCCACGAUGGAUAAUGCAAAGAUUUAUUAUAGAAACUUGGCUAAUCAUGUGAAGCAAGGGACUCCUUUGACACUAGGGCAACCUAUUGAAUCAUACUUGUUUGCAAUGUUUGAUGAGAAUCAAAAAGAUGGGGCUGAAACUGAACGUAAUUUUGGGCUUUUCUUACCAAAUCAACAAUCCAAGUAUGGCCAAAUCAAGUUCUAAGUGCUCAUCGUAGGUAAUAAUUUAUGUAAAAUCUUGUGAUGGGUUUACACUACCCAAACAAAAAAGAGAACUUGUGACGGUUGAGGUCCAGUUAAUUGGGCCACCUCAACACACACAAAAAAAAGAUGACUAUGUAUUGUACUAAAUAAGAUUAGCAUCUUUAUGUAA